UCUCUCAGGGUUUUCUUCCUCUGAGUCUUUUGUCGAUAUAUAUCCUCCCUGCCUGCCACACAGCCUGCAGAGAAAGUCCUCAGGUUGCUUUUUUACCUGUUUGGGUGGGCAUGGAUCCACUGCGGAAGGAUAAUCCGUCGGCUUCAGCUAAUCUUCUCUCCAAGAUUUUCUUCUGUUGGCUGAAUCCCUUGUUAAGAAUCGGGUACCAGAGGAAGUUGGAGAAAGAUGACAUGUAUGAAGUUCUCCCAGAGGACUCAUCAGAUAGACUUGGCGAGGAGCUACAAGGGUACUGGGACAGAGAGGUUCAACAGGCGGCAAAGGAUCUGCGCCCACCCAGACUUGCCAAAGUUCUUGUUCAGUGCUACUGGAGAUCUUACGCACUCAUUGGAAUAUACAUCUUUAUAGAGGAAGUUAUCAAAGUCAUUCAACCGUUUCUACUUGGGAAAAUAAUUGAGUACUUUGAGAGAUAUGACCCCGACAACACAGCUGCAGUCUAUGAGGCCUACAGCUAUGCUGCAGGCAUCUCCUUCUCAACCAUCGGCCUGGCCACCCUUAAUCAUCUCUAUUUCUAUCACGUCCAACGAGCAGGCAUGAAGAUUCGUGUGGCCAUGUGCCACAUGAUCUAUCGGAAGGCUCUUUGUCUUAACAGCAAAGCAUUUGCCAAAACUACCACAGGACAAAUUGUCAACCUCUUAUCCAAUGACGUCAACAAAUUUGAUGAGGUAACCUUAUAUUUGCACUUUUUGUGGAUUGGUCCUCUACAAGCAGCAACUGUGAUACUAUUGUUGAUGUAUGCGAUUGGCCCAUCGUGCCUUGCGGGAAUGACUGUCUUCGUCAUCCUGUUGCCAGUACAGACUAUGUUCGGACGCUUGUUCUCUAGUCUCAGGGCUGAGACAGCAGUCUUAACAGAUGAAAGAAUACGCACAAUGAAUGAAGUCAUCUCUGGGAUCCGCGUUAUAAAGAUGUAUGGGUGGGAGAAGCCUUUUGCUGCAUUGGUGAAUGAAGUCAGAAGAAUGGAAAUCUCCAAGAUCAUGAAAAGCUCCUACCUGCGUGGCCUGAACAUGGCAUCUUUCUUUGUGGCCAGCAAGAUCAUCGUCUUCAUCACCGUCUGCGUCUACGUGCUGACAGGAAACCAGUUGUCUGCCAGCAGAGUGUUUAUGGCUGUUUCCCUCUACGGUGCAGUCAGACUCACCAUCACAUUCUUCUUUCCCUUUGCCAUAGAGAAGGUCUCCGAGUCUCUCGUCAGCAUUAGAAGGAUUCAAAAUUUUCUUCUGCUGGAUGAAGUUGCUCCUCAGCACCUGGGGCAUCCUGUGGCAGAGAAGAAGGACUGCAUGGUGAAAAUUCAGGAUUUAAUAUGCUACUGGGAUAAGAUGCUUGAGGCUCCAACUUUACAGAACAUAUCUUUCACAGUGAAGCCAGAGCAGCUCCUGGCAGUAAUUGGUCCUGUUGGGGCUGGAAAGUCCUCGCUCCUCAGUGCCAUCCUGGGAGAACUGAGUCAGGAAAGUGGUGUGGUCAAGGUCAAAGGAGAGCUGACAUACACUUCUCAGCAGCCCUGGAUUUUAUCUGGUACGAUUCGAAGCAACAUCCUUUUUGGCAAAGAGCUCAACCCCAAGAAGUAUGAUAGAGUUCUGAGAGCCUGCGCCCUCAAGAGAGACUUGGACCUUUUGCCAGGUGGUGACUUGGCAAUGGUCGGGGACAGAGGGGCCAACCUCAGUGGAGGACAGAAGGCAAGGGUCAGCUUAGCAAGAGCAGUGUAUCAAGAUGCAGAUAUCUACUUGCUGGAUGACCCUCUCAGUGCUGUGGAUGCUGAGGUGGGACGGCACCUCUUUGAAGAGUAA